AUGAGAAGAAAGUUAACAAUACUGUUCGCUCCGCCCGAUGGUGUCGGACACGUCAACGCGUGUAUAGGUAUUGGAGAAGUACUUCGGGAUCGCGGCCACCGAAUUGUGUUUGCGGUUUGCGAUAUCUGGAGGAAUAAGUUAACCAAAUAUGGCUUCGAAGAAGAGAUCAUUCGAGAGAGUGAUAGUGAUGCCGAUCCGGGAACCUAUUGGGCAGAAUUGUUCUCAAAGGGUGGUAUGUUUGGCUCGAAGCCACCGAUGGAGAAAAUGAAGAACUUUAACAAUUUGACUGCCAAUGGACUCAUCAAACAAAUCCAGGCGUCGGAUGAAAGAGUCAAAGAGUGUGUCGAUAGAGUCAAACCAGACAUCAUUGUCAUCGAUGGCUUUGUUUGGAUGCCGUCGCUAAUGAACUCCGGUAUACCCUGGGUUUGGUCCAUAAGUACAAACUUGUUGUCCAUCGAUCACGCUUUCGAUGACGAAGAAAUACCACCGGGAGGUUUGGGACUUCCGGCAAACAGUGAUAAGAAAUUGUGGAAAAAAUUGAGAGACGAGAAAAAUGCUGCAUUGACUCCGACUAUUGAAAAUUUCAACAAUUGGCUCAUUAGUAAUAAUUUCCCGACUCUUCCGACACAGAAACUGAUCACACCGUCACCCUAUCUGAACAUAUAUAUGGUACCGGAAGAACUUGACUACACUGAUAUCACAAAGUUUCCGUCCAAUUGGUAUCGAUUUGACUAUUUUAUGCGGUCGUGUUGUAAUGAUAUGUUUGAAAUACCCGACAAAUUGAAGAGCAAACCGGGUAAAUUGAUCUAUUUCUCAAUGGGAUCUAUGGCCGGAACUGAUGUCCAACUGAUGAAACGUUUGGUCUCCAUAUUAGCUAAGAGUAAACACAGAUUUAUUAUAUCGAAAGGUCCGCUUCACGAACAGUACGAAUUGGCCGAUAAUAUGUGGGGCGAUCAGACCGUUCCGCAGAUCAAAGUACUACAAAAGGUCGAUCUGGUCAUCACUCACGGCGGUAACAAUACAUUUACAGAAACCUUCUUCUACGGCAAACCGAUGAUAGUUUUGCCCAUAUUUUGCGAUCAGUUCGAUAACGCCCAACGAUUACAGGAAAAAGGUUUAGGCAUCCGAUUAGAUCCAUACGACUGCACCGAAUCGCAACUGUUGUCCAGUAUUGACAAACUAUUGAACGAUAAGGUUUUGCAUAAGAAGUUGCAGCGCAUCUCUAAACGCAUACAAAAAUCCAAAAGCAUUUCAAGAGUUACUGAACUUAUUGAGGGAUUGGCCUCUAAUACAGACUCUCCAAUUGACUCUCAACGGGGCUGA